AGCCGGGGCGGCCGCUGGGUGCGGGGGGGGGCGAGCGGGAGGAGGCCGCAGCCGCUCCCCAUGGCGAAGAAAACCUACGACCUGCUCUUCAAACUGCUGCUGAUCGGGGACUCGGGGGUCGGCAAGACCUGCGUGCUCUUCCGCUUCUCCGACGAUGCCUUCAACACCACCUUCAUUUCCACCAUCGGUCAGUGCCGUCCCUCCGCGGUCCCCUGUGGGUGUGCGGAGAUUUCCCUUUGGAAUGGCAACAUCGAUCUCGAUGCAGCCCCUGCCUCUUGUCCCCUCACCACCUGGACUUCCCGACGCCUCGGCAGCUCUCUAACCUUCUCGCUUGUUUCAUUGCAGACGCCUGUAAAAGAGCCCAACAGUGAAAAUGUAGAUAUCAGCAGCGGAGGUGGGGUGACAGGCUGGAAGAGCAAGUGUUGCUGAGCGUUCUCCUGUAUCACCAAUCGCCAUCCACCGCCUCUUUUUUCUCGCUGCAAAACAAACCACUCUGUCCGUUUUUAACCUUCAGCCAAUGUUUUGUUCCUCAUCUUAACGAGCUCCUGUCUCCCUUUGUUCUCCCGUGUAGGACAGCUUGCAUACUAUAAUUUCCUCAACGUGUGUAGGAAAAUCACCUCCGUGACUUCAUUUUUUCAUGUACCUGCUCCACUUACCACUACGUUUUGGUUGUAUUAUAGCCCCUCUCCUCCCGACGUUCAAACAUAGAGCAAUCGUAUUCAACUCUCCUCUGCAAAUUGUAUAAGAAUAAAAGUUAGAAUUAACAAUUCAUUUUGUACGACAGUGGAAUUUUCUGUCAUGGAUAAAUGUGCUCGAGUCACCGUGUCCAGUAGAUGCAUCAGCAAAAGAGCCAGGAAAACACUCGUGUUCGCCUUGAUACGUGAAUGGGGUUUCUUUUGUCCUGUGCCUUACGUGGAAAGGAACUUUUAAUUUUCACUUUGAUUUCUCUUCUGGUGGAAGCAUGUGCAGGAGACAUAGCAUCCAUCCCCGACCAUUUCCAAGUACCCGACUCUUUUGUGAUUGCUUUCUGUCACUGUUGGUGUCGUGCAUCGAGGACAAAGGGUGGUGCAAAAAACAAAACAAAAGCAAACCUACUGCUACUACUGCUGCUCCAUUUAACCUGCCGCCUCUCCUGUUGGUGACCUCGCCAUCGGAACUGUUUCCUGCUGCCGUUUUCUUUUCUCACUCGCAGCUCUUUCCUUUUUGCCUGCAUGCUGCUUUUAUUUGCUUCCCUCCAUGGUGUGAUGUGUUAAUUAAAAAGGAUGGCAACGCGGUAUGUUUGCCAAAAAACUUAAUACAAAGCACUGAUUUAGCUUUCGAGGUAAGAUGUUGACGAAUACCUACUAAUUUCCCUCUAGCCAAUGUCAGUUCACUAGUAUAUCCUCUCUCCUCCUGCAUAGCCGUUGGGUUUUAUGAUAUGGAAGAGUUAUUUGCAUGCACUAGUUUUCUAUGGAGGGUGAUGUGGUUGUCUACUUUAUGUGUAUGAAUAUAACACGCCAUUCCCAAACUGACAGCAUUCAACUUCUUCAGUUCUCUCUCACCGUUAGCCGCUCCCACCACGAGCUGUUGGGCAGCCGGGCACGAGGCCGAGUCAGACUUAGGUGACAAAGGAACGAUAGCGACAAAACGAAGACGAAAGUCGGCCGUUUAAUUUAUUACCUCCCCCCAAAACCCUUCCUCUUCCCGAGCCUCGCCUUGCUCUCCGAGCUCACGUUUAUCCGCUCGGGUUUUGGGCUCCCUCCAGUGAACAACGUGGCGGGGAAUCGCAAUGGUAGCGGAUUGAGUCGCGAUGAAAUGACCGUGUUGGGAUGGGCGUCCUGCUUCCGAGCCGCCUCCCCCGUAGGGCUCCCCGUCCCUGUCCCGUUUGGCUCCACCUCCCGCCUCAACUGCACUUUUUGAACCUUCUCUCUCUCUCAAAAAAAAAGGGAAAAUGGAGAAAAUAGGCAUCUUGUUGUUGUUGUUGUUGUUUUCUUUCAUAUAUAACCUUUCUUUGAAACGUGAGCUUUUUAUUUGCUCCUGGGGCUUGGCUCCUUCUGUGCCGACCCAUCGGGACCCUCUGUAGGCGCUGUGCUGGUGGCUCCCACCCCUUACACCCAACCUUGGCCAAGUCUUUAAACCCAAACAUCGCUACAGGUUCUGCUUCCCUUCGUGCAAAAACAACCAACCAACCAAACCUGAAUGUCGAUCCCGUAGCUUGGCUUGGCUUGGUUUGUAGCGGAGUGCAAGGCCCAGCUGAGGAGGAGCGAGCAACCAGAGUCAGUUCAGAUGCCGAAACGUAACAAAUAACAGUGUUGGUUCUUAGAUACAGCACUCUAGCAUUAACGACAGCCUGGAGGCAGGGCUAAGAGCCAAACCAGCCUGGGGCUGCUCCUUCUACGUCACUUCAUUCAGUUGGUCCUGAUGAACCCCAAAGCCGAUCCGUUGUACGAGCGCCUCAAGCAGGCAGGGCCGGGGCGGAAGCCGCGCUUCGUCCGCUCGCAUUUGGAUGGUGGAAAAAACCAAACAGCAUCGACUUCAGGUCUAGGAUUAACUCCCAUGCCUACGAUUUUUUACUUAAUCUUUUAAUAUUUUUGCUAUUCCACUCUGGCUUUUUAUUUAAAACACAUUCUUUUGUACCACUUAACUGUAUCAAAUUGUAUAAAAGAUCACUGUCCCAUUCUUGGUCAUACCAAGAGCAAAUAAAAGCUUUUAUAAACUU